CUCGUACUUUUCUCACACACAGGCUCGAAGCCAUUCAUUAUUUUCUUCCUCCGCUAUCAUCCCCUUCCCUCUUUUCCCGCGCGUUCUUUUGGCGACCAGCAGUCGUCAAAUGAACCUGCAUAGUUAUUAUUAUUUUGAUUGCAAGCAUUGCCUCUUCCCUCUGAAGAGGUCUCCCGCAAGAUAAAUGGUCUUCAAGCCGUUCACCCACCUCGCGCGCCAGAGUUUCACCAAAGCCUUCACCCAUGGCUAUGCUCAGUCGGUAGUUGCGGCCUCGCAGUCAUCGUACGCGUCGUCGACUACCUUAAACAACCUUUCCAGUCAGCCCGCCGCCAAAUUCACGCGGACAACCCAGCUACAGAAUGUUUUCCAGCCCUCUAGCUCCGGUGCGGGCGCCAAAGCCAGCCAGGGCACUUCCGGCUCCGGCGACUUGGGUCUAGCCGCCUAUUACGCGGCAUGGCAACAUGCUCAGCAAACCGGAGAUGACAGUGACUGGAAACAGCUGCAGAUGCGGAGGAGAAUCGGCUGGAAGCCCACACUGAACGAAGGAGACGGAAAGACGAAGAGCGACGCCAGCGUCCCGUCCUCGGAUUCUCAGUUCCACGAUUCGCCUCACAUCACCAAAGCCUCCGCCAAUGCGGACGUUAGUGCCAAGGUUGAAGAAGCGGUUGCCCGCGAGAUUCAAAUACAAGAAGAACAAGCUCAGGCGGAGGAGGCUUCCGAGACGAAGGACAAUUCGGGCACUGAAGCGUUUCCUGAUUUACCCGAGGAGGUUGCUGCUGUGGAGGAUGCCACCCUCGAGCAGUCUCGCAUUGCCUCCGAACACAUUGUUGAACUAGCAUCCGGCAAGAGAUUCGGGGAGAUCCCAGGUGCAUUUGCGGCUAUCCUCCGAGAUGGACUUACACCGACCGUUGGGGCUUACAAUGCUCUGCUGGAGUCGGCCAUUCAGCUCCAUGGCGAUACUGCGCAGGCGAUCCAGAAGGCACUGGACGUCUACUCGGAUAUGCUUCGUCGUAGGGUAAUUCCCGAUGAGCAGACCUACCAGACUCUGGUCCAGCUUUUCGUCGUUCGCGCCCACGAUGCCAUCAAGUCCAAGGAUCUGUUGGAGCAGGAUCGUGCCCGUUACGGUGGUAUGGAGGAGCCUGGCAAGUUCAUGCUGCAUUCCAGUGAGUUGGAGCAGGCUCUUCUUGCCGAGGACCAUUCUCUCGCCAUCGCCUUGAAGCUCUUCCGCACUGCUACUACCCGUCACCCUGAGUUCGUCUUCCCUCUUGACACCUACCGCUUCCUGAUCACCGCAUGCGCCGAGGAAAACCUGGUUGAGGAUAUGGUCCGUGUUUACGCCCACAUGGAAACCCACAAGGUGACCCCGCACGCCUCGAUUUUCCCAGCUAUGAUUGAUGCGUUUGCCUCGACCGGCGACUUGAAGAGCGCAGUGGAGUGCUACAACGAGUACAAGGCUCUGGCUGUUUCGGACGACAACGGUACCUUUAGUAUUGUUCAGCGUCUGGAUGGUCAGGUCUAUGCCGCCUUGGUCCGUGCGUACCUCUCCUGCGGAAAGGAAGAGCAAGCUCUUCGGUUCCUGGAACGGAUCCAAGCAUCAUUCAACGAAGUGACCGAAAACCGUGAGGCCCGCCAGGACGCAGUGGAAUCCGUAAUCGUUGAGGAUGGAUUGGUGCGCCACGCCCUCAAGUCGGGGCAGCACGGUCGGGCGUUGGAGCAAGCCAAGACCCGAUUGCACGAUAGCGCGCUGGAUCAUGCCAUGUCCCAGAUCUGCAUUGCCGCGGCGGAUGCGGGUAAUCUGCAGACAGCUUCCGAAGCAUACGAUGCUCUCCCCACCGACAUGAGUGUCCGACAGAGGCCCGCAGUCUCGAUGCUGGCCCUCCAUGUGCGUCAGGGGAAUGUUUCGGCCGCCCGGGCCCUGUGGCACGCUCUCAACACUGCCGGUCAGGCAACCCCGGACAUGGUCCAGCCGACCGCCAUGUAUGCAGUUGCCCUCGUGAAGAGUGGUCAGAUCGAGGAGGCCCUGGUUGAACUUCGUAAUAUGUUUGCUCGGAUUCGCAGUGCUUCGACCGACUCGACCCUCAAUCAUACUCGCGAACAGAUCAACGAAAGCCUUCACCUCAUCGGUCGCAUUCUUGUUCAAACUGCGACUGUUCUCCCCUCUCAAGCUGCCAUGUCUCUCAUGUGGUCGAUGGUCGAGAACGGCGGCCUCAUUUCCCCUGUCGCCGAGCACGUUGUAGCCAGCUUGGGUCCGAUCGGCAUUUCUCAGCUGAAUACCCGCGACCUUGUGCUUGCGCUCCAGGUUCAGGCUGGUAUGCUUCUCAACAACAGCGCUAUGUUCGACGUCGCCCAUCCGAUCCGCUUCGCCCACAUGCUCGAUCUCGCGCUGGCCACUGGCCUGCCUAUGGACACUGCCACCACCCAGGUGGUCGACCAGGCUGUGGGUAAGCUCUUCAACAGCCGCCCGGACAUGGUCAAGAGAUGGCACGACCAUCUUGCAAUGACUUCCAGCCCUUCGUCUUUCGUUAGCGGUCGCCACUCACCCGGAUCGGAUAUGUCCUCCAUGACUCCCGUGUCCAGCGAGGACUCAUUUGACCCCUACACCUACGCCACCGACUUCCGCGGAUCCUCGAUGAUUGCUGAUGAGCUGGAAAGCACCACCGGCCGACUGGAGUCUCACCUGAACGAGGCUCUUUCUCGUCUCCGGACGAUGCGUCGCAGUGGCCGUCAUCCUCGCUAUAUCACGUACGCCAAGCUGAUCAACUCUGCGACCAAGAUCAACCGUGUCGAUUUGGUCCACGAGGUUUUGAGCAUGGCUCGACGUGAUGUGCCUCUGCUUCCUCAGUACAAUGCCGUCAAGUACGGAUGGGUUUCGAUCCUGGACGCAAUGGUGGCCUCGUGUCUGAGCUUGGGUGACCGCAGCCAGGCUUCCAAGUUCCACCAGGAGCUGCUCGAGCUUGGUUCUGCCCCUUCGGCCAACACCUUCGGUCUUUACAUCACCACCUUGAAAGAAUCGACUAAGACUUUCGAUGAGGCGACCGAGGCACUGAAGAUCUUCCACCGCGCUGUUGCUGAAGGUGUGGAGCCCACGUCAUUCCUGUACAACGCUCUCAUCGGUAAGCUCGGCAAGGCUCGUCGGAUCGAUGACUGCCUGCUCUACUUCGCUGAGAUGCGCGCCAACGGAGUUCGCCCGACUAGUGUCACUUACGGAACGAUUGUCAAUGCCCUUUGUCGCGUCAGCGAUGAACGGUUUGCCGAAGAAAUGUUCGAAGAAAUGGAGUCGAUGCCUAACUACAAGCCUCGCCCUGCCCCGUACAAUUCCAUGAUUCAAUACUUCCUCAACACUAAGCGCGACCGCAGCAAGGUUUUGGCCUACUUCGAGCGCAUGAUCACUCGCAAGAUCCAGCCCACGAUGCACACCUACAAGCUGCUCAUCGACGCUCACGCAUCCCUGGAACCCAUUGACAUGCCUGCGGCCGAGAAGGUGCUCGAGACCAUCAAGGCUGCCGGACAGCAACCCGAGGCUGUGCACUAUGCUUCGCUGAUCCACGCCAAGGGUUGUGUGAUGCAUGAUAUGGAUGCUGCCAUGAAGGUCUUCCGCUCUGUUAUGUCGGACCGCAAGGUGCGCGUUCAACCUUGUCUGUACCAAGCCCUCCUGGAGGCCAUGGUGGCCAACCACCAGGUUGCCCAGUCGGAGGAGAUCGUGAAGGACAUGGCUGCUCGUAAGGUUGAGAUGACUGCCUACAUUGCCAACACUCUUAUCCACGGAUGGGCUGCCGAGGGUAGCGUUUUCAAGGCUAAGACUAUCUACGAUAGCAUUGGCAUUGAGAAGCGCGAGCCCAGCACAUAUGAAGCAAUGACGCGUGCGUUCUUGGCCUCGGAUGACCGUGAAGGUGCCGCUCGCAUUGUACAGGAGAUGCUCUCUCGAGGCUACCCCCCUGCUGUGGCUAGCAAGAUUGCCGAUUUGGUUGGGACUGGUGGCGCGGCCGCUGUCCCUGCUGUCGCUGCUCUGUAGAGCAUGCGAGAUAAAAAGUUGCCUUUCUGUUUCGUUUCUGGCCCACUUCUGAGUUGGUCAUUUAAUACUACCUCCAGGGCUGGAUCCCUGUCUUUGGGCUGAUUCCAGUCUGAUGGUCCCGGUUUGAGCAUAAAAAAGGGGGCAACUUGAUGACUGGUGAUGGGAUAUCCUGGGAUGGUUCUUUUGCAUCUAGCGUAUGGCAUUGGCGUUUUAUGGUCUGGGAUGGGCGAUGUAUAUACCAUUUUGUUUUCAUUCUCCGAUAGACCACUCCCACCUCUUUUAGUGUCUAUACAAUGGACAUAUAAAUUGACACAAA